AUGAUGAGCCUCAUGAUCUGUUCAAGGACCGUGACGGGCUUUCUGGCAAGACAAACCCAGCAUUCUUCUUGCCGUCCAAAAAGAUGUCUACAUUAUUACAACAGUCAAUGGAUCCAACGACGACCCUCCCAAAAGAGUAUUAUUGCCACACGAGCCGCCGAACAAGAGGAAGAAGAAGAAGACAGUGGAAGCACUACAGAAACAGAAGAUCCAUUUUCAGAAUAUCGCAACAAAAAUAAUAUCAACGAUCAAGUCGUAUCGGGGAUUUCAGGACAAGGUGGCAUCAAAGUCACAGUCUGCACCAUCCGAAAUAUGAUCAACGACCUGAUGAUCCAACACACAAUGACGGAAGUACCCAUUCAGGCCAUGGGACGAACGCUGACUUGUUCGUUGCUCAUUGCCAACGGCAUGCAAAAAGAACAGACGGUGCAAAUCACUCUCAAUUCCAAUGGACCAUUGCGUGGAUUGGUGGCUAUUGCCUCAGGCGGUGGAAAGUGCCGUGGUUUUGUCGGUAGUCCCAUGCUCGGUGAUAUGAGUAUCUUUGAGGCGGUCGGAAAGGGAGUACUUCAGGUUGUCAAAAAUCACCCCGAGUGGCCAAGACCCUACAAUGGUAUUACAGCCAUUCAACAUGGAGACAUUGAUCGAGACGUUGGCAUUUAUCUGGCGGAAAGCGAACAACGAUCGUGUGCCUUGGCGGCAGCCACGGCCGUCAAGGGCAUUUUGUGUGUGGCAGCUGGUGGAUACCUCAUUGAACAAUUGCCAGGUGUGACGGACGAGGAAGUGGCUCAAAUCGAAAAGAACUUGGCCAAGUUGGUCGAAAUGGAUGGAGGUGACCAGCUACCCACCAAUCUGCUCUUGAGCGGGACCACACCGGUGGACAUUAUGGAAAUCAUUUUGGACGGAUUGGACGCACAACCAUUGCAACAAUUAACACCCAAUCUCGAGUGCGAUUGUACCGAAGAUCGACUGCUGCGUGCAAUCCGAUUGCUGCCGGCGUCGGAAGUCGAUGAUUUGCUCGAAAAGGAAGAACAACUAGAAGCUCGAUGUGAGUUUUGUGGCAAAGUCUACCGAAUGGAAAGUUGGGAAGUCAAAGAAAAACUGGAGCAAGCGGACGGGGAUCCAUCACUAGACAGCGAGUUUGAAGACAAGGGCAAGAAAUAGCCCCACUGGCAAUACUUAGCUACAGUAGAAAAUCUUCUGCUAGAUGGAGGGCUUUACU